UUCCCCUGAAAGUUUCCACUGAAGCAAGUCUGAAUCGUGAACCCUUGUUAGCUGAGGCGAAUCUAGCACCGCAAAGGCAAACUCCCGUUAGUUUCCUCUUUCUGGGGCCAUAUCGUCUCUAAGGUCAAGUGUUUCCUUAUUUCACAGUUUACAAAGCUGGAGAAUCUUAAUAACCUCCCGGAUCAAAGAGUCACCGGCAACGGCCUCCCCCCUCCCCCUCCCCAUCCCAGUCAUCCGAUACACCCUCAUAUCCAUGAACCAUUUUUCAACCCCUGCAACUUUCAACAGCCGAACGGUCAUGAUCCUCACCUCUCCGGUAACUUCACUUACCCUCAGGUCCCUUGUCCUGCCAAUGGUUUUGCUAACCAUAAUCUACCUUACAACCACUAUAAUCACAUCAAUGGCGACUCUAACAACUCGUUCGGUCCUGGAGGACCUCCCUCCACCAAUGGCAACUCUGGAUAUGGUUUUAGCCAUUCCAUGCCUCGUCCGGGGCGGAAACGAGGUUGGCAUCUCUCUAACCAAGGAACUUCUCCAGACCAAGUUGAUGGUGCUUAUAAUGUGAAACUUUAUGUUGCUCCAGUUCCAAGAACAUCAACAGAAUCUGAUAUCCGCCUUGUGUUUGAAGAACAUGGAACUAUUGUUGAAGUUGUUCUUUUGAAGGAUAAGAAAACAGGCGAAAGACAAGGGAGUUGUUUUGUGAAAUUUGCAACGUUAGAUGAAGCUGAGAGGGCUAUCAAAGCUUUAAGCAAUCGAUAUACUUUUCCAGGGGAAUCAUCAUCCAUUGUUGUCAGAUUUGCUGACCGAGAAAAAGGGCGUCUUGGGAUUCGAGGGUUCUCCCAAAUUAUGGAUAAAAAAAAUCCCCCAGAAGAGGUGGUGGACAAAGUAUUUGUUGGUUACAUCAACAAAGAAGCUUCAAAAAGGGAAAUUGAAGAAGUAUUUUCUCCUUAUGGACACGUGGAGGACAUCUUCAUUGCACAAACUCGUGGAUAUUGUUUCGUCAAAUUUUCAAACAAAGAUAUGGCUUUGGCAGCAAUCAAAGGGCUGAACAAUGCAUUCACAAUGAGGGGUUGUGAUCAUCCAUUAAUUGUUCGUUUUGCUGAACCUAAGAAACCUAAGACUGGGGAACCCAGGGUCAACCAUAUGCCUGGGAAUGCAUUUGGUCCAUGCACUCAAGAACCAGCAGUCUGGCCGUCAUCGAACUUUGGUGAUUCCAUUGGAGGGAGUAAUCUGCCUAUGGCCCCACAUCAUCCCGCAAUUCCACACCCACAAGUUGCUCCUCAUGUUCAAAACUGGGAACCUGCUAAUACUAUGGUUCAACAACCGUUUCCUUCCAAGCAAGCCCAUCCACAAUUGGCUCCAAUGCCCUCCCAGUCCAUGCAGGCUCAGAAGUUACCUUCUCAACCAGUUGUUACUGAGGUACUGAAGCAGUCGCAUCCAACAGAAUCAUCAACUCAAAGUAUAGAGCAGCAGCUAAGUUCACAGCCUUCGCGGACUGGAGGCAGUCCUUGUACUGUUGCUCGCAGCCCCUCACCAGAGAUGCCAGAAAGUCCUGACGAAGAAGUUUAUCCAGAGUGUGACUGGAGUGAACAUAUCUGUCCUGAUGGUUAUAAGUACUACUAUAAUUGUGUGACUUGUGAAAGUAGGUGGGAGAAGCCUGAGCAAUAUGCCUUCUAUGAGAACAAAAUACAAGAGCAGGAGGAUCAUGGCUGUCCAAAUUCACAAUUGGCAUUAUCUUCCUGACAAGUUGCUUCAAUACAGCAGUAUCUGAAGAUUUGAACCUUCAAACGGUGGACCGCUGCGGCUGCAUGCAUACUUUGCAGUGGCUAUUAAUAUUAUAUAAUUGUGGGGAUUGUUGUGUUCCUAGCAUUGUGUUGGAGAUUGAUAUUUUGCGGGUCUUCUGUUGUGGGCGGAGCUUUGGACAACAAACGGUCGGCUGAUUUUUUUUAUAGUACAUUUUUUUCAGAGACAAGGAACUGUACAGAAAGCUUGAAGCAUGUUAUAAUACCGUAUCUUCUUGAUGCCCAUACAUGUACGCACCAACGCGCGAAUUGAUGAUAGUCAUUACGUGCAUUUUGUUCUUUUGUUUUUAAAAA